AGAGAGCUUAGCUGAAACUCUUUAUGUAUUUCUGAUUGCAACGUAUUUGGCCAUUAUGAACCAAGAUAGAUGAUCUAUUUCCUAAACUGAUACUGAAUUGUCUAAAUUGCUAACAAGAAAUCCUUUCAUAACAGUACAGUUUUUAACCUUUACUUUCCUUAUUCAUCUUUAAUUCCUUGCUACUUCCCAUUGAAUUGAAAUGUUUAUAUUAAAACAAAACACCCACCGGAAUUCUGAAGAAAUUGGCUCACCCAUCUUUCAAACUACAAGAUAUUUUUUGACAGUAUACAAUAUUCAUUAUAAUGGAAUAAACAUUUUAAUAUCUUAAGGAUGUUGACUCUAAUUUUCCUUAAAGGGGAUGUUUACAACUUAUUAUUAUAAAUGCUGCCACUCAAUCAUAGGAGAAAAUGAUACUAAAAUAGUUCAAGGCUAAAAUCACACAUAGGGCAAUUGUUCUCGAAUAUUUAUAAGGCCACGAACUCACUUAUGUAUAACCUAUAAACUUGAAGAAUUUAUGAACCAAUAUAGUGGCAAGGAAAGCUAACAACCUAACAGUAAGAUCUAUGGCCAUUACUUUUCAUUUAGUCCUAGAAAUAUAUUUCCUUUCUUUAAUGAAUCAAUAUGGUCCAUUUCAAAGAGAAACAAGUGGAACUGAAAAACACCAAAUUAUAGUUGACCACUUCUAAAGCAAGUGCUGAUGGAAGAAGCAAAAUUUCCCAUUUAAAAUACCCAAACAACUCCAAAUUCUUUAACUAGCAGUUAGCACUCCUGAAAUCUCUUGACAUAAUAGAGAAGCAGAGACCCAAAGAGAGAUAUGCGGUUAAAUAGCGCUGCCUCUGGUGGCGAAAGGAGAUGCUAAGUUGUUCCACAAGGUUAUUUUUCUCCCACAGGCGCAGGCCUCCCAAACAUUGGAGCCGUCUACGAAUUAUUCUGACGCUAACUCCACAGCUCCGGACAGAAACACAAUAGACGGGCGUGGUCUUACAAUCAUAAGCCAGUUCCUUUCUCCAGUCCUUCUGCCUAUGUUCGCCUACGUGUUAUGGGUUCUGCGGUCCUGAUGAAACUCCCUGAACGGAGAAAAACCACACACUUCAUCCCAGUGGCGAGUUUCUCCUCUUGCUCUAAGCAGGGUGUUUGACCUUCUAGUCGACUGCGUCCUCUGUGCCCCGGCGCCAGCUGUGUUCCUGACCCCAGAAUAAAUCAGGGCUGCACGGGGCCUGGCAGCGCUCCGCACACAUUUCCUGUCGCGGCCUAAGGGAAGCUGUUGGCCGCUGGGCCCGCGAGGGGAUUCUUGGCAGCUGGGGGGUCCGUCGGGAGCGAGGGCGGAGGGGAAGGGAGGGGAAAUCGGGUUGGGGAAGCCAGCUGUAGAGGGCGGUGACCGCGCUCCAGAGACUGCUCCGCGUCCUCGAGCGGGACAGACCAAGUUGGGAGCAGCUCUGCGUGCGGGGCCUCAGAGAAUGAGGCCAGCGUUCGCCCUGUGCCUCCUCUGGCAGGCGCUCUGGCUCGGGCCGGGCGGCGGCGAACACCCCACUGCUGACCGUGCUGGCUGCUCGGCCUCGGGGGCCUGCUACAGCCUGCACCACGCUACCAUGAAGCGGCAGGCGGCCGAGGAGGCCUGCAACCUGCGAGGUGGGGCGCUCAGCACCGUGCGUGGGGGCGCCGAGCUGCGCGCUGUUCUCGCGCUCUUGCGGGCAGGCCCAGGGCCUGGAGGGGGCUCCAAAGACCUGCUGUUCUGGGUCGCACUGGAGCGCGGGCGUUCCCACUGCACCCUGGAGAACGAGCCUUUGCGGGGUUUCUCCUGGCUUUCCUCCGACGCCGGCGGGUUCGAAAGCGACACGCUGCAGUGGGUGGAGGAGCCCCAACGCUCGUGCACCGCGCGGAGAUGCGCGGUACUCCAGGCCACCGGUGGGGUCGAACCCGCAGGCUGGAAGGAGAUGCGAUGCCACCUGCGCGCCAACGGCUACUUGUGCAAGUACCAGUUUGAGGUCUUGUGUCCUGCGCCGCGCCCCGGGGCCGCCUCUAACUUGAGCUAUCGCGCGCCCUUCCAGCUGUACAGCGCCGCUCUGGACUUCAGUCCACCUGGGACCAAGGUGAGUGCGCUCUGCGGGGGACAGCUUCCGAUCUCAGUUACUUGCAUCGCGGACGAAAUCGGCGCUCGCUGGGACAAACUAUCCUCAGGGGAUGUGUUGUGUCCCUGCCCCGGGAGGUACCUCCGUGCUGGCAAGUGCGCAGAGCUCCCUAACUGCCUAGACGACUUGGGAGGCUUUGCAUGCGAAUGUGCUACCGGCUUCGAGCUGGGGAAGGACGGCCGCUCUUGCGUGACCAGUGGGGAAGGACAGCCGACCCUUGGGGGGACCAGGGUGUCCACUAGGCUCCCGCCUGCCACUACAGCCAGCCCCGUGCAGCAGAGAACGUGGUCAAUCAGGGUCGACGAGAAGCCGGGAGAGAGAUCACUUAUCCCUGAACAAGACAAUUCAGUAACAUCUAUUCCUGAGAUUCCGCGGUGGGGAUCACAGAGCACGGUGUCUACCCUUCAAAUGUCCCUUCAAGCCGAGUCAAAGGCCACCAUCACCCCAUCAGGGAGCGUGAUUUCGAAGUUUAAUUCUACGAUUUCCUCUGCCACUCCUCAGGUUUUUGACACCUCCUCCGCCGUGGUCUUCAUAUUUGUGAGCACAGCAGUAGUAGUGUUGGUGAUCUUGACCAUGACAGUGCUGGGGCUUGUCAAGCUCUGCUUUCACAAGAGCCCCUCUUCCCAGCCAAGGAAGGAGUCUGUGGGCCCGCCGGGCCUGGAGGGUGAUCCUGAGCCCGCUGCUUUGGGCUCCAGUUCUGCACAUUGCACAAACAAUGGGGUGAAGGUCGGGGACUGUGGUCUGCGGGACAGAGCAGAGGGUGCCUUGCUGGCCGAGUCCUCUCUUGGCUCUAGUGAUGCAUAGGGAAACAGGGGACAUGGGAACUCCUGUGAACAGUUUUUCACUUUUGAUGAAACAGGGAACCAAGAGAAACUUACUUGUGUAACUGACGAUUUCUGAAGAAAUCCCCCUUCCUCUAAAUUCCCUCUAAUCUACCGAGGAACUAAAUCAGAACUCACACUCCUUCCCUGAAGAUAGAGGAAGUGGAAGUGCCUUUAGGAUGGUGAUAUUGGGGGACCAGGUUGUGCUGGGGAGAGAUAUUUUCUUAUGUUUAUUCUGGAGGAUUUGGAGAAGUGAUUGAACUUUUCAAGACAUUGGAAACAAAUAGAACACAAUAUAAUUUACAUUAAAAAAUAAUUUCUACCAAAAUGGAAAGGAAAUCUUCUGUGUUGUUCAGGCUGGGAGUAUAUUGGUUUGAAAUCCCAGGGGGAAAAAAAAAAUAAAAAAAAAAGAAUAAGGAUUGUUGAUAACCC